AUGCGCAAGUCGGUACCCGGUAGCAAAGGCGGUUCCAAAUCGUUGACGAUGAAAGUGGGACUUCGCAACAUGGUGAUGCGCGAUCGAGCCCCAAUGGGUGCAAUCCAAGCCACCCGUCUGCAGAUGAGCACACGGGCUGUCCUGAUCCCUGAGCCCACACACAAAUACAACCCAUCUUGCCAUCUUCGCGCCGAAGAUGUACCCGGGCCAUGGGAUGCCCGUGGCAGUAUGAUCAUCAGUGUUGACGGGGACGGCUCGAAGCCGGCCUGGACAAAUAAAGCGGCUUCGGAUACGCACGAUACCCAAAAGGUAAAGGAGACCUCAUGUAUGAGGCUCUUCUGGGGUGAGAUCCUCGAGAGGGAACGGGAUCAUCACCGAAAUUCGACUUUGUACUUGAAGAGGCCUUCCUCCCGUCAAACCGACGAUGGCCUGAGCCGUUCCACCCGUCUACUCGUUGGCCAUCGGCAUCAAAGAGCCAAAACGUCUUCACCCCUGACGGCCAGCCACGAGAGAGAACUGGUUCAUCUCGCCACCGCUCCCGCUGGUAUCCGCGGAUCAUCCCCUAUACCGCUCUUCUCCCGUCGGAGCGAACACCACAUCCUGCUCUUCCGGAAGACGACAUCGUUGCAUGCGAGUUGGAAACCUGAACUCGCACAGAAGACACUGAUAGAACUUUCAGCAGAAGAAGCGCCUCUUUCGUUCAAGAUGUUUAAGGUCGCUGCCCCUUGGGGCUUCCAUAGCUCGGACAUCUUUGCCUUUGAGCAGGAGAUGAAACUCAAGGCACAGCAACGCUCCAACAUCCGACGCCAGAGGAAGCUGUUCGCACGCAACAAUCACAAGAAUUCUUUCACCUUCAGAUCCACCCAGCAACCGGGCGCCAUGGCGAGUGAGGACUGGUCUUUGGCCGUCAUUCCAGACGGUAUCCAAGACAGUUUCGAGGUGCGUUGGCUGUUGAAUUUUCUUCUUUCCCCUUUUCUCCCGUUCGCUCAACAAUCAACACUCAUCAACAUCAUCAUAAUCAUACUCAUCAUCAUAUACCUAGCUGGCACCGCGGGCAGCCCGUACGCUGACCCUGAUCAUGGCAUCUUCUUUGCCAGAAUGCAACAGCUUGACAGUUCUUUGAACGGCAGAAGACAAGUCAUGGAUCAAAGUCAAACGUGGCAGCCCUUUGGGGUGGCCGAUACGACUGAUGUCCAGUCCAUGUUCGCCCCGAUGCCGUAUCAAUACGAUAUCUCGCCUAUUGAUGGUCUUCCGUUGUCGACUUCCAACACCUUAUGCCACGGCAUGUCCACCUCCUCUCCCGUCUUCACAGCAUCGGACCCAGGCACUAGUUUUGGCAGCUUCUCUUCUGCGGGUGCCCCUCCUACCUUGCUCGACUCCUCUUCCUUCAACUCGGCAGACGGCAGCACCAUCAUUACCAGUCCUUCAGACCAGUUCGAGUAUGCCAACUCACCCUUCGCCUCUUCAUCCAUGGUACCUGAAGACUUCAACGGCAUCAAGGCAGCUCCCCAAUCACCACCCCCUUUCUCCGAGCCAAACUCCAUCCUCUUCUUCCCUACUCCACAGGAGCAGCUCGUUGAGCAUCAGCAACAGGUGGAGAGCCAACAGGCGGCAAUGAGCAGCCAUGGUAGCUUCAGGGGGGGCAAAGAUGAGCCACUCACCCAGCAGAUCAUGAUGUCCAGGCCCAGAAAAGAGCUCCCCGAGAAGCCACGCUCAUUGCGAGCCGAUGAUAGCAGUUCCUCUUCCUCACGUCAUAGAGCAUCUCCAGUUCGCAAGCCUGUCCCUUCUAUGCACAAGACUGAGCUCCGGCCAAAGCAGCCCAAGCCCUGUCGGGCCCAACCUUCUACGCUUGAUCUCGCAGAGCGUUCAGCCAAGGACGAAUACCUGCUGAAGGCCAAGCAAGAGGGCCUGACGUACCGCGAGAUCCGGGCCAAGGGAAACUUUAGCGAGGCUGAGUCGACACUUCGUGGACGUUAUCGCACUCUCACCAAGAGCAAGGAGGCACGGGUUCGUAAGCCUGAGUGGACCGAUAAGGACGUCCACCUGCUUCAGAGAGCCGUCCGCAAGUUUGCCAAGGGUAGCGAUCCCGCCUCCACCAAGAUCCCCUGGAAGCAAGUCGCCGAAUACAUCCAAAGGAACGGCGGCUCCUAUCUCUUUGGCAACGCCACUUGUCGCAAGAAAUGGGACGAGCUCAUGAUGGGUGCUUCGGGGCACCAGAUGGGUGUAUACGGCGCGAUGGACGAAAUGGUAAUUUUUGACAAGUGA